AUGAGGAUUGUGCUGCUGGGGUGCAGAGAAUCUGGGAAGAGUUCAGUAGGAAACACCCUCCUGGGCAGAGAGGAGUUUGACCUGACAAAAACAGCUCAGUGUGUGAAGAGACAAGGAGAAGUAGCAGGACGUCAGGUCACUGUGGUCGACACUCCAGGAUGCUGGAGGAAUCACACUGUAGAGGAGACGCCUGAGCUGGUUAAAGAUCAAAUUGUGAACAGUGUGUACCUCUGUUUUCCUGGACCCCACACUCUCCUAAUGGUCAUAGCGGUGAGGUUUUCAUUCACCGAGAAACACAGAAGAUCAGUAGAGGAACACCUGCAGCUUCUCAGUGAGACAGUCUGGAGUCACACCAUAGUGCUGUUCACCCAUGGGGACUGUCUAGGAGACACAACCAUUGAGAGUGACAGGAAGGCCCUCCAGCGGCUUGUUGAGAAAUGUGGAAACAGGUAUCAUGUCUUCAACAACAAGAACAGGGGUGAUGGCACUCAGGUCACAGAGCUGCUGAAGAAGAUAGAGGAUAUGGUGGCAGGAAACAGAGGAGGCCAUUAUGAGAUAGAUGAAAUAGACAACUCCCACCACCAGCAGCCACACCAUGUCAACAAGAAGGAGAAGAAAGACAAGGGGAAGAAGCUCACCAAGGCAGUAAUAGACACCCCCAGCAACUUCCAGCACAUUGCCCAUGUGGGCUGGGACCCAAACUCAGGCUUCGAUUUGAAUAACCUGGACCCAGAGCUGAAGAACCUGUUUGACAUGUGUGGAAUCUCUGAGGCUCAGCUCAAAGACAAGGAGACAUCCAAGGUCAUCUACGACUUCAUUGAGAGGAAAGGAGGGGUGGAGGCCAUCAAGAAGGAGCUCCGUAGGCAAGCCUCCCCACCACCUCUACCCCCCAUCAGAGUGGGUUCACUCCAACUCUCCGAGCUGAGGAUUGUGCUGCUGGGAUACAGAGGAGCUGGGAGGAGUUCAGCAGGAAACACCAUCUUGGGCAGAGAAGAGUUUGCGUUAGGGACAACCAUUCAGUGUUUGAAGAGACAGGGAGAAGUAGCAGGACGGCAGGUCACUGUGGUCGACACUCCAGGAUGGUGGAAUAAUCACACUGUAGAGGAGACUCCUGAGCUGGUUAAAGAUCAUAUUGUGAACAGUGUGUACCUCUGUUUUCCUGGACCCCACACUCUCCUCCUGGUCAUACCGGUGGAUGCUUCAUUCACUGAGGAAAACAGAACGGCAGUAGAGGAACACCUGGAGCUUCUCAGUGAGACAGUCUGGAGUCACACCAUAGUGCUGUUUACCCAUGGGGACUGUCUAGGAGACACAACCAUUGAGAGUGACAGGAAAGCCCUCCAGCGGCUUGUUGAGAAAUGUGGAAACAGGUAUCAUGUCUUCAACAACAAGAACAGGGGUGAUGGCACUCAGGUCACAGAGCUGCUGGAGAAGAUCGAGGAUAUGGUGGCAGGAAACAGAGGAGGCCAUUAUGAGAUAGAUGAAAUAGACAACUCCCACCACCAGCAGCCACCCCAGCCACACCAUGUCAACAAGAAGGAGAAGAAAGACAAGGGGAAGAAGCUCACCAAGGCAGUAAUAGACACCCCCAGCAACUUCCAGCACAUUGCCCAUGUGGGCUGGGACCCAAACUCAGGCUUCGAUUUGAAUAACCUGGACCCAGAGCUGAAGAACCUGUUUGACAUGUGUGGAAUCUCUGAGGCUCAGCUCAAAGACAAGGAGACAUCCAAGGUCAUCUACGACUUCAUUGAGAUGAAAGGAGGGGUGGAGGCCGUCAAGGAGGAGCUCCAUAGGCAAGCCCCACCACCUCCUCCACCCCCUCGGGCCCCCACCUUUGCCAUGUAUAUGGUGGCAGGAAACAGAGGAGAAGUGUUUCAAGCUGAAGAGGAAGACCAGAGUUUCCUGAAGAUCAUCACUGGGAAGCUCUCUCUGCAGCUCAAUAAGAUCUGUGCACAGCUAUGA